CAUGUGAUCAGCUGUGUCCAAUCACAGCUGAUCACUGUGUAAAUACAUUUGCUGGUUAUCGGCAGUACUUUCCUCACGUCAGUGCCCAACAGUACUGCCCAUCAGUUCCCAAGAGUACUGCCAAUCUGUGCCCAUCAGUGCUGCCAGUCUGUGCAGUCAGUCAGUGAUGCCAGUCAGUGCCUCCUAUCAGUGCCCUUCAGUGCUACUUAUUAGUGCCCAUCAGUGCAACAUAUCAGUGCCCACCAGUGCUGCCUCAUCAGUGCCACAUAUCAGUGCCCACCAGUGCUGCCUAUCCGUGCCACCUCGUCGG